AUGCAAAACGGCGUCNCUUCCAAUGGUUCUGGGACAGUGCGACAGAGAAGGAUCCCUUCACCAGCUAUGAGGGGCUCCACUCCUCUGGACGUGGCUGCUUCCUCGGUGAUGGACAACAACGGCCUGGCUCUGGCGCUGGAGGAGCCUGAUCUGGACAAGGUGGUCACCUACCUAGCAGGAUGUGGGCUCCAGAGUUGUCCAAUACUCUUAGCUAAAGGUUAUCCAGACAUCGGCUGGAACCCCAUAGAGGGGGAGCGUUACCUCUCCUUCCUGCGGUUUGCUGUCUUUGUGAAUGGCGAAAGCGUGGAGGAGAACUCCAGCGUUGUAGUCAAGCUGCUCAUCCGUCGCCCAGAGUGUUUUGGACCCGCCUUGAGGGGGGAGGGGGGGAACGGCCUGCUGGCUGCCAUGAAGGAAGCCAUCAAGAUCUCUGAAACGCCGGCCCUGGACCUGCCGGGCUCUGUGCACGGAGUCAACUCUGAUGUGUCUGCUGAUGGUGACGAUGAGGAGGAGGUGGUACACAUGGGCAACGCCAUCAUGUCCUUCUACUCUGCACUCAUCGACCUGUUGGGACGUUGCGCACCGGAGAUGCAUCUUAUCAACAAGGGGAAAGGUGAAGCUCUGCGUAUUCGUGCAAUCCUGCGCUCUCUGGUGCCGACUGAAGACAUUGUGGGAAUUAUCAGCAUACCGCUCAAAAUGCCAAUCACCAACAAAGAUGGGUCAGUGACUGAGCCGGACAUGUCUGCCUGUUUCUGUCCGGACCACAAGGCCCCCAUGGUGCUGUUUUUGGACAGGGUGUAUGGUAUCGAGGACCAGAGCUUUCUGCUUCACCUCCUCGAAGUGGGCUUUCUUCCUGACCUGAGGGCGGCUACAUCUCUGGAUACGGAUUGUCUUUGUACCACAGAGACAGCCCUGGCCAUGAACCGCUUCAUCGGCUCAGCCAUGCUCCCUCUCCUCACCCGCUGCGCCCCUCUCUUCGCCGGCACGGAGCACUACGCCACUCUCAUCGACUCCACUCUGCACACCAUCUACCGCCUUUCCAAGGGCCGCUCCCUCACCAAGGCCCAGAGAGACGCCAUAGAGGAGUGCCUGCUGGCCGUCUGCAAGCACCUUCGUCCCUCCAUGCUGCAGCAGCUCCUGCACCGCCUCGUCUUUGACGUGCCCUUGCUGACUGAUUACUGCAAGAUGCCUCUGAGACUGCUCACCAACCACUAUGAGCAGAACUGGAAGUACUACUGCCUCCCGUCGGGCUGGGGCAGCUACGGCACAGCAUCCGAGGAUGAACUGCUGCUCACCAAGAAAAUCUUCUGGGGAGUGUUUGAUUCUCUGUCCCAGAGGAAUUACGACGCAGAGCUAUUCAAGAUGGCCAUGCCUUGCCUCAGUGCCAUAGCUGGAGCUCUGCCACCGGACUAUGUGGACGCCUCCAUUAGCACCACAGUGGAGAAGCCAGUUUCUGUAGAUGCUCAGGGCAACUUUGACCCCAAACCCAUCAGUACUGCUAAUAUUGCUCUUCCAGAGAAGCUUGAGCACUUUGCCAACAAAUACGGAGAGCACGCCCAUGAGAAAUGGUCAGCAGAGAAGGUGCUGCUUGGAUGGAAAUAUGGAGAUGGUGUUGAUGAGAAGUCCAAGAUUCACCCCCAGCUCAGAAUAUACAAAGCCCUGACAGAGAAGGAGAAAGAGAUUUACAGAUGGCCAAUUAGAGACUCCCUGAAGAGUAUGCUGGCAAUGGGCUGGAGCAUCGACAGGAACAAGGAUGGAGAGAGCAUGUCUCAACAGAGGGAGAGUGAGAAAAUGCGAAAGAUCUCUCAGACUUCACAGGCAAAUGGCUUUAAUCCGAGCCCGAUAGACAUGAGCAACGUGGUUUUAUCCAGAGAAUUGCAGGGGAUGGUGGAGGUGUUGGCUGAAAAUUACCAUAACAUCUGGGCCAAGAAGAAAAAGAGUGACCUUGGAAGCAGAGGCGGAGGGACACACCCUAUGUUGGUGCCCUACGACACACUGACAGCCAAAGAGAAGGCCCGUGAUCGAGAGAAGGCCCUGGACCUUUUCCGCUUCCUGCAGAUCAAUGGAUACAGCAUCACAAGGUGUUUGAAGGACUUAGAUCAGGACUCCUCCUCCAUGGAGAAGAGGUUUGCUUACAAGUUCCUCAAGAAGCUGCUCAAGUAUGUCGACUCAGCUCAGGAGUUCAUCGCUCACCUGGAGUCCAUGGCCGCAAGUGGCAAAACAGACAGAUCGCCUCAUGAACAAGAAAUCAAGUUUUUCGCCAAAGUUCUCCUCCCCCUCAUCGACCAAUACUUCAAGAACCACUCGCUCUACUUCCUCUCCUCCCCGAGUAAGAACCUGAGCAGCAGCGGUUACGCCUCCAACAAAGAGAAGGAGAUGGUCACCAGCCUGUUUUGUAAACUGGCAGCUCUUGUCAGACAUAGGAUUUCUCUCUUUGGGAGCGACUCUACUACCAUUGUCAGCUGUCUUCACAUCCUGGCACACACUCUGGACACCAGGACGGUGAUGAAGUCGGGCUCGGAGCAGGUGAGGCUGGGGCUGAGGACGUUCUUUGAGAAUGCUGCAGAGGAUCUUGAGAAGACGUUCGAGAACCUGAAGCUGGGAAAGUUCACUCACUCUCGCUCCCAGAUGAAAGGGGUGUCGCAGAAUAUCAACUACACCACCGUGGCUCUGCUCCCCAUUUUAACCGCUCUGUUUGAACACAUCACUCAACACCACUUUGGAGUCGACCUGCUUCUGGAUGAUGUACAAGUGUCCUGCUAUCGAAUCCUGACCAGUCUCUAUGCACUAGGAACUGGGAAAAACAUCUAUGUAGAAAGACAGCUGCCAGCUCUCGGUCAGUGUCUGGCCACCCUGGCCGGGGCUAUGCCUGUUGCCUUCCUGGAGCCGGUGCUCAACGCAUACAACCCCUGCUCCGUCUUCAAUACCAAGAGUGCUAGAGAACGAUCCAUCCUAGGCAUACAGGACUCGGUGGCGGAGAUGUGUCCCGGGAUGCCGCGGCUGGACGGUCUGAUGAAGGACAUCAACGAUAUGGCUGAAUCUGGGGCACGCUACACGGAGAUGCCCCACGUCAUCGAGGUGGUGCUGCCAAUGCUGUGUAACUAUCUGUCCUACUGGUGGGAGAGGGGGCCCGAGAACCAGCUGGCCAGCGGGGGGAGCAUCUGCUGCACCACCGUCACCUCAGAAAACCUCAGCCUCAUUCUGGGCAACAUCCUCAAGAUCCUCAACAACAACCUGGGAAUCGACGAGGCCUCCUGGAUGAAGAGGAUUGCAGUGUACGUGCAACCCAUCAUCAGCAAGGCCCGUGCCGACCUGCUGAAGAGCCACUUCCUGCCUACUCUGGAGAAGCUGAAGAAGAAGACGGUGAAGGUGGUGUCUGAGGAGGAGCUGCUGAAGGCGGACAGUAAGGGAGACACCCAGGAGGCCGAGCUGCUCAUCCUGGACGAGUUUGCCGUACUCUGCAGGGACCUGUACGCCUUCUACCCCAUGCUCAUCCGCUAUGUGGACAACAACAGGUCGAGGUGGCUGAAGGAGCCAGACGCUGACUCCAAUGAGCUCUUCAGAAUGGUCGCUGAGAUAUUUAUCCUCUGGUGCAAGUCACACAAUUUCAAAAGAGAAGAGCAGAACUUUGUGGUUCAGAAUGAAAUCAACAACCUUUCCUUCUUAACGGGAGAUAAUAAAACCAAGAUGUCUAAGUCCUUUAAGGAGAAGUCUGGAGGACAAGAUCAAGAGAGGAAACACAAGAAAAGGCGUGGUGAGUUCUACUCCAUCCAGACCUCGCUGAUUGUGGCCGCUCUGAAGAAGAUGCUGCCGAUCGGCCUCAACAUGUGUACCCCAGGAGACCAGGAGCUCAUCUCAUUGGCCAAGACUCGCUACCUGCUGAGAGACACAGACGAAGAGGUCAAAGAUCAUAUCCGGCAGAAUCUGCACCUUCGAGAAAGGUCAGAGGACCCCGCAGUGAGGUGGCAGCUAAACCUGUACAAGGACGUAGCGAUGAGAAGCGACGGACCCCCAGACCCUGACAGGGUGGUGGACCGCAUCCAGAGGAUCUCUGCUGCUGUCUUCAACCUGGAGCAGGUGGAGCAGCCAUUGAGAUCCAAGAAGUGUGUGUGGCAAAAGCUGUUGUCAAAGCAGAGAAAGCGAGCGGUCGUCGCCUGCUUCCGCAUGGCUCCACUUUAUAAUCUGCCAAGGCAUCGCUCUAUUAACCUCUUCCUCCUGGCCUAUCAGAGAAUAUGGAUAGAAACAGAAGAGUACUCUUUUGAGGAGAAGCUAGUGCAGGAUUUGGCAAAAACACAGCCCAAACUGGAGGAGGAGGAAGAGGAGGAGGUCAGAAAGCAGCCAGACCCUCUUCACCAGCUCAUCCUGCAUUUCAGCCACAACGCUCUGACUGAGUGCAGUUCUUUGGAAGAGGAUCCCUUAUAUAUUGCAUAUGCAGAUAUGAUGGCAAAGAGUUGUGAUGAAGGUGAAGAAGAAGAAGAGGAGGAAGGAAAAGAGAAAACAUUUGAGGAAAAGGAAAUGGAGAAGCAAAAGAUGCUUUACCAGCAAGCCCGCCUACACGACCGAGGCGCUGCGGAGAUGGUGCUCCAGAUGAUCAGUGCCAGCAAAGGUCGACUCGGUGCUAUGGUGACUUUCACCCUCAAACUUGGCAUCUCAGUCCUCAACGGGGGAAACAUACUGGUGCAGCAGAAAAUGCUGGACUACCUGAAGGAAAAAAGAGAUGUUGGCUUUUUCAAAAGUUUGUCUGGACUCAUGAUGUCUUGCAGUGUCCUGGACUUAAAUGCAUUUGAAAGACAAAAUAAAGCUGAAGGUCUGGGGAUGGUUACUGAAGAAGGAUCAAUCAACGUGAGUGAGCGGGGUAAAUACAUGGUUUAG